ACCAAAAUAUUAUAGGUUCGAAUAUUUCAUAUCGAAUUAUAGUAUUGAAUAUGUUGAAGCGAUAUAGAAUUCUUAAAUAAAUGUGUGAGUGGAUGGUCUUGACCUGCUUCGGUUCAGCCUUUGUAAAAAGGACUAAGCGUCCGCAAAAAUAAAUGUGUGAGUGGAGGACCAUUCUUCAAUAAAAUUGUAAGCUUCCACAAGUAAAAUCUAUUGACUUUUUUAUAACAGUGAUUUAGUCUCUCAAUGCAAGAGUUAAAGAGGUAGGGUGAUAGUGAAUAUCCUUGUUUUAAGCCACGAGUCAACUAGCGUUUGCUUGUUGGAUUUGAAAAAUGAGGGUUUUGGCUCAAAAAAACCUUUGGAUUUAUGAGGGAUUUGUACCAUCAUGGAUUUGAAGAGUCUAUUGUUUGCAUGAUAGAUUUGAUGAUAUAAUUAUGAUGGAUUUGCUAUAAAUAUAACUAGUCAUCAAGGAUUUACAAAUCCCACCCCAAUAUGUGGGAUUUAUAAGUCCGUGGGGUCCACGAAUUUGGAUACAAAAAAGGGAACAAAUCCGUGGACCCCACGAAUUUAACCACUUGACAACAAACAAUGGACUUGGCUAAAAUCCAUCAUGCUUGGGAUUUGAGUCCCAAAUCCAUCAAGCAAACGACCCCUAGAAUUGAUCGACACAGCCGCCAUUUCGUAGCCCAUUGAAGAUUGUCAUAAACCAAUUGGUCCCAAUAACUCGAGUUAUUGGGAAAAAGUUAUGAUGGAUCUUAUAAGUUAUACCUCUCUCUAACACGCCCCCUCAAACGAAAGCCAACUAAUGGGCUUGAAAUUUGACAGACCCACCAUACCUUGUGCUUUUAAUCAACUGUAAUAUUGGGGGGCGUGGAGAUUCGAACACACAACCACUUGGUCAAAUCAACUAUGAUACCAUGUCAUAAACUAGUUGGUCCCAAUAACUCGAGUUAUUGAGAGAAUGUUAUUAUGUAUCUUAUAUCACUCUCUAACAUAGCUAAUGAUGGUGACACAUGACAUAAUGAUGUUAGCAAAGUCGGGGGGGGGGGGGGCUUCAACUUUAAGAGUGGACUCCAAGAAGCUCCAGUUGAUUAUAUAGUCUACUUUCAAGACCAUGGUCCCAGUAGUCUUGGAUCUAAAUGACAUCGUGUGGACAACAUCUUGUAGGAUGAUUAGGUAGUCUGUUAUAUGCCAAUUCGACAUAAAACUUGAAUGGUCUUGGUCAACCAACUUGGGUAUGGGUCAUAUUUAAUCGAUUAGCAAUGCAUUUGUCCCAACACCUUGUAGCUCACAUUGCAUAACCCAAUCGCCCGAAUUGUGAUUUCUUUGGGGUGUUCAAUUUUGGGGAGCAACACUAUGAGCAUCUCGUUACGCAUCCUAAUGCAGUCAUGAUUCAUGAAACAAGAAACAAUAUGGUCGUGGAAGUCUAUUCUCCCAACUUUUUUUAAUAAAAAGUCUACUAGAAUUCAUCCAGGCGAAUUUGAGUUCGCAGAGGUUUAAUCAUGUUGAGUUCCACAACAAUCCUAACGAAUUUGCCUCGUCGGAGUUGUUUUUUGUGGUAGUUUAGUUUCGGCGUUCAACUCAGGAGAUUACCGAGAGCAAAGAGUACCUCUAGGUGAUAAAAAUGAACAAGGAGUUCUGGUAAUUGAACCGAGCAACCACCAAUCGGUAAAGCUUGUUUGAAGUGCGGAAGGUAUGUGUCCAUUGGUGAAAGAUCAAGUAGUGGUCGAAGAUUACCUAUGGACUACAAGUGAGAGCGCAUAAAUAGUCUUGGUCAUUACUAAAUUUCACCCAAAAAAUUCAUUGUGGAUAUCCAUUAUAUCCAGCGAUCUCAACGGUUGUUGUUUCCAACGAAGUUGGGAGCACAAAUAAGAGUAAGACACUAAUUUUUCAAGAAGUCUUAUCACAAGAGUUCUCUUCAAUAGAAGGAAUAACAUCUCCUUAAACUUUGUAAAUAUCUUAAGAUCUAUAGUUCUUCGUCGAAAGAGUCGGCCUCUAGAUCUUGCUCGGCGACAAAAGUUAUGAUGGAGCUUGAUUGGUUUCUUCCAGUGAUAGCUGAUAUGUAGUUCAAGGGUGGGAAGUCUCGUAGGCGUAGCAUAGAAGUGGGUAGAUUCGAAGGUGGCGCCGCCAACAGUAUGUUAGGCACAUGCCACUUUGUGACAGCGGGGUCCUACUAAACUUGGGGGCCACCUACAUUCAAUUCGACGGGGCUUCGCCCAUAGAAGUGGGUAGAUUCGAAGGUGGUGCCGCCAACAGUAUGUUAGGCACAUGCCACUUUGUGACAGCGGGUCCUACUAAACUUGGGGGCCACCUGCAUUCAAUUCGAAGGGGCUUCGCCCAUAGAAGUGGGUAGAUUCGAAGGUGGUGCCGCCAACAGUAUGUUAGGCACAUGCCACUUUGUGACAGCGGGUCCUACUAAACUUGGGAGCCACCUGCAUUCAAUUCGACGGGGCUUCGCCCCCAGCAGCCUUAUACCUCCGGUAACACCUAUGAGUCUCGCCUGGAUUCGAACCUGGGAUCUGCAAUUCCCAAACAUUCACUGUCGCGACAGUUUUACCGUUAGACUAUCUUAUCUUUGGUGCAUUUUUAUCUCUAUUAUAAUGGAAAUUAUGUAGGAUAAUAAUUCUCCAUCUAUAUUUUUUCUAGGGGAAAAGGGUUUCAUAAGUUAAGUUAAAUAAAAGGCAUUUUGCUAAUUUCUCAUGCACGUUAAUGGGAAUUUAACAUCAAAUUGACGAAAAGAGUGUGCAUGUAAAAAAAAAAAAAAAUUGAAGCUUAGAGGCUUCUUUAGAAAAAAAAGUAAGGAUAGGAGGUUUAGUUGAAAAAAAAACUCAUUGUUUCAAUGGACUACAUUGACAGAGGAUAUUUCAACCAUUCCGCAUGCACGUUAAUAAACAUUUGUUUGUUUUGACGAGGAAUUGUAACGAAACAAUUUGAUUUGAUUGUUUCGCAGUGAGACAAUUGGAUCAAAUUGACCCAUUUAUUAGCUUAAAAAUUGGAUGGAUCAAUUUGCCCCCGAGAAUUUUUAAUUUAUCUAUUUUAAGUAAAUUCCAAUUUUCUGUGGUAAGACAAAUAACUCGAAUGAAUUCGUUAUAAAUGACUAAUAUUACAAAAUGGUAGUAUGAAUGAAUUCAUUGAUAUCACUCACCAAUAAAAAAAUAAAAAAAUUAUUAAAUUAAAUUUAAACGGCAUCUUGAAGAAAAAUUAUUGAGAGAUUUAAUGGGGGAAAAUUCCAUUAAAAUUAAAAUUUUGGCAGCCAAAGAAGAAAGUGUCGCGUUUUAUGGAGUUUAGCCGCCGUUUUGCUGGUUGCUUAUACGCUAACUUAAAGAAACCCUCCAAGAACCGAGUGCAAGGAUCGAACGGAGAGACCGAGAGAAGUGAGGGGUAAGGUGGAGGCGACUGGAUUGGAUCGUUUCUCCUGUUGCCGUCUACUCCGCCACCCGAGGGUUUCCGGUGACGUCGAUUGGCCGUCGCCGCAGCGUGAAAGAAGCAUAGAGCGGUGGCGCUGGAUUACAAAAGAGCGGAGGCGAGCAACUGGAUCGUAGGGAAUCGGGCUUCGUUCGCACUAGACAAGAAGAGUAGCAGAGAAAGAAAGGUUUUUUUGCGUUAGAGAGGGGAAGAGAGGUGGCACUCGCUGGCUGGAGAAGGAAGACGCUGUGGGAGGGUAAGAAUCGAAGAUCCUGUUGGGAACCGGGAAUCGCCAUCGUUGCUUACUUUUUUUUCCGUCCGUUUUUCUGUGCAAACCUAAGGUAUUGUCACUUCCCCUUAUCGGUGCUUUGAACUGGUUAUAUUUGAAUUGUGGAAGUUUAUUGCUCGUUUAUGUUUUGGGAAAUGGGGUGCAGAAUUUCGUUCGGAUAUAUCUGUUUGAUGUUGUUUAGAUUAAGUGAGGCGGGUUCUCUCUUGCACUUACUCAUGGAGGCUUCUUACUAUGAUAGAUAGAUAUAGCCCUCUUUUGUGUUCAAUACGUUUUGCUUUGUUGGUGGAGAUAUUCAGAGUGUUGCUAGAAAUUCUCUCUUGGACUGAUUGAUUGGUUAUUAUUCGUAGUAGGACAGAGAGACGGCUAAAGGACCUAACAUUUUAUUAUGUUCCCAAAUGUUUCUUAAAGGUAGACAGACCUCUGAUUAGUGGCUUUAGUUAGUUUCCAGGUGAAACAAAAGCUUCUACGGUCUUCGUAGUAAUGCCAUGCAAGAAGUAAUGCAGUUUUCACUUCCUUGAGGAUAAGGUUUGGAAGGGUCUGUUGUGGAAAUUUCUUCAUACUUCACUUUUUGUAGGGAAGCAUGGUGAAAAUGGAAUGUCCUAUGAUUCUACGACACACAUAGAGGUUUAAGCAGUCUUUGGUUUGUCGGUGAACCCGUCUUCUUUGCUGUUGGUAUAGUGAUAUAGUGCUUGCCCAAAAGCUCAGUGGAUGAAGUACUUGUUUUGUAUUUUCCAGUACUUUUAGAUAUUGUUCUAUACUUUUCAUGCAAGUUAUGAAGCUGUUUGUUCUGCUUGAUUGGUUGUGACAUCCCCUACAUUUUUCUGGGUUGUUUUUUGAUGCAUAAGUCUAGUUCUGUUUGUGUACCAAGCAUGGAAUUAUUGGACUAUUGCUAUCCUAUGAAUCUCUGACAAAUAUAGUAUUUUAAGAUUUUUUUUUUGUCAGAGUGCCAGUUUUCUUUGCUCAUUCAUGUUGUAAUGAAGCGCUCGACUCAAAUAGCAGUUGGCGAAAUGCUUUUUUGGGGUUUUCCAGUAUUUUUGGAUUGUUCAAUAAUUGUCACGUUAGCUUUGAAAAUGUAUGUUUCUGCUUGAUUGGUUAAUGGUUGAGCCAUCUCCUUCGUAUGUUUCUGGGCUGUCUUUUGAUUCAGAAAAUCUAGUUAAGGUUUUUUUAAACCAGUGAAUCCUGAGUGUGGUAAAGGAUUGGUUCACUAAAGUAAUUACUGUUUAUGUUGUGUACUUGGCUUACAAAACGGGCCCUAUGAUGAGUUUUAAUAUAUAUAUUUUUGUAAUUGAAUGAUGGGAAUGCUAUAAUUUGCUCAAGUUUCAUGAUUUGUGUUAUUAUUCUUUCAAAUUAGGCUCAUUUGCUUAGUUUCUAUUUUGCUUCUGAAGGGUUUAUCAUAUGAUGCCCUUGUCCUAUUUCACUAUGCUCUAAGUUAGAAAUAGGCUAGCUAUAGCAAUUAUGAUGGACAUUUGUCUCAUGCUUUGACAAGUUCCUGAUACAAUAGUUGGAGGUUGUUGCUCUUUGUUCGUGAAACAUCUCUUGCUACUCUGCUUUACUAUUUUCCGGAAGUGCACAUGGGGUUUAGUUCAUGCGACUACCUUCAUUUGAAUUCUAUUGUCAGCUGUUGUGCUGGCAACAGUGGAACUUGAAAAGGGACACGACACAUCUGUGUUUUUAUAUAUUAUGAUCUGUCGAACUGUUUCUUGAUCGAGACACCCUUUUCAAAUUUUCUGUUUGAUUACGGUUAAGUGCAGGUCUUAGUUCAUAAUACUUUUACUUAUUUCCUUAUGUUAAUUGGAAAACCAUCUAAGCUUAUGUUAAAACACCCUGCAACCUGUUUUUGCAAAUUACUUUCCGUAGGGUUUUUUUAGCAGAUUAUUUAUCUGAAGUAUCUCGAGGCAAUCCAUUUGUACUGAAUAAGUAGUAUUUAUCUUUUUGGUCUGCUUUCUGCCCAGAACAUACACAGAAGUUAUGCAAAUGAAUUUUUGUAAUUUAGUUGGCUUCUGAAAAUAUGGUUCUUUAGAUUAUGUUCUGUUUUAUAUUUGAUCUCACUUAGCUCUGUAUACGAACUGCUUCCUUAUUCAUGAACCAAAACUGAACAUGUUUAGUGAUAUCAUCGCAGCUUUCUUGAAUCCUUGUACUUUAUUGCCCCGCCUGACAUGUGGUGGUUGCUAUGAUAGAUUUCGUUGCUAUGCUUAUCUUACCCUGUCAAAAGCUUGACUGAAGCUGCUGUUAGUGCUGUUUCCAUUGAGCUCCUCCCUCUUUUGCUAGAUAAUGCUUUCACCUGAUGACUUAAUUCUCCACUGUUUCAGUCUCACAAAUCAAUGACGAAAGACAAGAAGGUCCCCAACAUGACUGAUUCUUCCAAGUACCACAAGGUUUCUUCCCUUUAUCCAUACUCCAAUUAUCCUAGGAAGGCCAUCAAAAAACAAGGGAGGACCUCAUUGAAAGAGCAUAAAGUAAAAAAUGAUUGGGAAGGUGCAACCUGUUCAGUAUGUCUGGAAUACCCUCACAACGCUGUCCUUCUCCUCUGUUCUUCCUACAACAAGGGCUGUCGUCCCUACAUGUGUGCCACCGGUCGAUGCUUCUCCAACUGCCUUCAGCAAUACAAGAAAGCAUACACAAAAGCAACAGCUUUAGGAGACAGUAAUUUAAGUUCCAAAGUUCCAGAGCUUCUGUGCCCACUGUGUCGCGGACAGGUCAAAGGCUGGACGGUAGUGGAAGCGGCUCGCAAGUACUUAAACCGCAAGAAGCGAGCUUGCAUGCUUGAUAGCUGCUCGUUCUUUGGAUCCUACAGACAGCUGAAGAAGCACACUAAGGCGAACCACCCUUUGGGAUGCUGCCCCCGGGAUGUGGACCCCGUGCUCAAAGAGAAAUGGAAGGCGCUCGAGCGCGAGAGAGAGCGCAGCGACGUUAUAAGCACGAUCUUGUCCUCAACGCCUGGAGCAAUGGUGCUCGGGGACUAUGUGAUCGAGCCACCAGGUCGCCAUCAUGGAGGAGGAAUCUAUGAUUCCGACGACUAUGAGUCCGACGAGUCUCUCGAUGAAGACGAUGAUGAUGAGCUGUUUCCUCUGGGGAAUCGUGGGGUGAUGCAUUAUGAUGAGGAGUACGAUCUGGACUACGGAUCGUUUGAUGAGGACGAUAGGCAUGGGGUCUUCCAUCGUGUGGGUUCGGCAGGUGCUGGUGGUAGUCGUGCAGUUCCAGCAGGGAGCAGUUUCCACAGAUGGCUGUUCGGAAGGGCGGCUCUUAGGCCGCGGUCCGGGUAUAGACGAGGUAAUGGACGUCGUUAGGGUUUUCCUUAUUUGCUACUGAAUGUCUAGUUGCGGCAUGUGAUGGUUGCAACUGCAUUUUUGUGGGAAAAGCGGAUGCAAUUUUUUCGCCAGAGACGAUUGAUUUCAUUUCAGCAUUCACAAACAAUUAGUUUUUAUUGUUUCUGGGACGUUAAGAGGGUCUGUUUGGUUAGCUUUUCUUGUUUACUCUUGGCCAGUUUUUUUGAUUAGUUAGUUGCUGCUUACUGGAGUUCUGUGGGAAGCAAUUUUCUUCAUCUUGGAAUUUGUGGCCUCUUGAAUUCUACUGUAUGAAGUCAGAGAGUGAUACUAUUGGGAAAACAUGUUGCUUGAUGAUUUCUAGGUUACUUUUACUUCUAAAAAUGCAUAUGAAAAUUGCUCGGAGAUGUAAGCCGGCGGUCUCUGUUCCUCUCGGCCUACAUCCUCAGCGUUCGGGGUGUCCGUUAACCAAAACCCGAAAAAUUCGAAACCAUUGAAAACCGAACCCGAACUUGAUAAUGACUUUCAGUUUUUGGUUACCUGAAUUUCGAAAAUUCCUUAUCGGAUUCAACCUGAAAACCUGAACCCUUAAGAAUACGGGUUGAUCGAUAAGCAAAAUCGAACCUGAAACCCGAAAAUCGAAAAUGUCCUUAAUCGGGUCGGUUUCGAGUAAACCCAAAAAACCGAACCUGAAUGGACACCCUUAUUUAGCCUUGUCUGUCUUCCGCAGUAUUUUAGAUAAAUGGUGGAAGCACCUCGCCUCCACCGACAAUAUCUUAACUAAUAUUUUCACCCAAUGGUAUUUUAGAUAAGUGCAAACACUUCACCUUUCAACUAAUUGAACCCAAUAAAUCUACCUUUUUUUUCAUUUAUAAACUACUUUUUCUUUGAUUUAUAGUUUAAAGUAAACAUUCUCUUCAAAUAAUAUAAAGGUAUGGAUCGACCUUCCUUGAUCCUUGAUCCGUACUAACACGUGACACAACUAUUACCCAACAUGACUCGCACUUAGUGCACAUUGUUGAAGAACCCGCCCCGCCCCACCUCAUUGGCAUCAAUAAUAACAAAUAAACGACUAAAUGAUGUUAAAUAAAUGCAUCAAAAUAGG